ACCUAGGUUAGAAUACUUCAAAAAACGAAUCAUAAUAAUCUUAUCAAAUUUUUAUAAUAAUCGUACAUUUUGUCGUGAAAAUUAAGACCCAUUUUAAUUAUUUUGUGUGAUCAGGGUUACAAUCACCCCCAACCAACAAUAAUCUAAAUGGCCAUAGAUAUUUAUCUGUUACAUAGCAGACGAGAUUUUACCGCACAUUUUUUCAAACCUAUAAAACAUUUCAUUACAUUUUGACAAGAUUGAGUAUGAUAAUAGGUUGACAGGGCUGAUGCCACCAACAACAGUGCCUGGUUUUUCAUUGGAGCCACAAAGGAAACUGGUUUUUAUUAUAUUAUAUUUAGUUCUUUAUAACUUUCGGUACCGAGGCGGUUGAGAAUUUCUAAAAUGGUCAAAUAUAUGAUCGAGAGCUGACUGAGAACCAAGGAUCCUGGGCACAACAGACGAAUAUUGUAUCAAAAUUAUGCUCCAAAGCUCUAUUUGGUUUGAUUAUGACAUGAACAGGGAUGUGCCGAUUGGGGGGCGUCACGCCUUCCCCCCCCCCAAUACCUUGAACAAAAUUCAACCUGUAAUUCAUUCAUUUUAUUGGUCAUGGUUGGUCAUAGUCAACUUUCAUUUUUGUAAUACACUCUUUUUCUAUAAGAACAAUUUUAUAGGAACACAAGCCUCAAAAUUGGUCAAAAGUUAAAAACAAAUUAAGAACAAGCUGAGGCUGCUACUGUAAACUGCAAUUUUGAACAACGUUUUAUCUUAUAGACGAAAAUUUUACUCAUGUGUGGGUACUUUUUCGGUGAAUAUUCAAACUUGUUGGCAAAUUAAGGCUGUCUAACUCAAUUUGUUGGCAAAUGAGGCCUGAACACCUCCCUAGAGCGAAACCGCUAGCAAUCACACUAUUUAUUAGUUUAAGAACAAAUUAAGAACAAUCCACCUUAAGAUUUUCGAAAAAACAGUCAGCCUGAACUCAAAUUAACUGGUUCGUACAAAAAAAGAGAGUAUUGCCAAUAACUUGCUAUAAGGAGCAAGCUAACGACUAUAAGAAAUGACUGCAAGAAAUGGCUGCAAGAAGUUUUCUGAGAUGCAUUUUAAGCUAAACUGAAGGGUGUGGUCGCAAAAAUUUUCUGCUCGCUCAGCUUGCAGGGGCAUCGUCUUUCCAUUUUGCCCCAGAGCCUAUGGAACCUCUCGACGGCCCUCCAGCCACAUUUUCCCCUUCGAUUCUUAUAAAAUUAAAGAAAAUUUUAUAAGCUGGAGUUAUUGUUAUGAGGAGCUCAAAAGAAGCUGUAGUUCAUUUUUGCAGAUAAUCCUAAAUUGGCUUUUCGCAAAAAGAUGCUCAGGGAUUCACCCCCAUAAACGCAAAAUCCAGGAAUAUAAGUUUACGAAAAUUUAAUUUCCUCGUGCUUUUAUGCCAUCAUUUGCUCUUACUUGUUAUCAUGAAGUGUGUAUAUGAUCAUCUAUUUCAUUGUUAAUUAAUUUUCUAUGGAAAAAACCAAUAAAGUAAAGUUGGUCACUUUUUUUCUGCAUGCCCCCCCCCCCCCUAAACAAAAUUAUCUAGACACAUCACUGGACUUUUAAGCGCAAGGAAUUAAAGAACACAACUUUAUGGAUAGCCCUUGUUGUUUUCCAAAGCGUGACUUUUCUAGCAAAACAUGAUCCAUUUUCGGAAUAAACAAGUUAACUUUGAGGUAAUUCUUGGAGUAAAUUAAUCUGUAGUCUCAGAAAUUUUUUUACGAGAUCUUUCUUCUUUACUUGAUCAUUUAUCAUUCUUCAGGUGCAAAAUUUCCAAGAAACUCGGUGAGGGAGGAGCAACUGCCCCUAGCUCUCCCCCUUAAAUCCGCCACUGAGCUGGCUAGCCCCUGUAUGGGAUUCAUCCGAAAUCAAGGAGUUACAAAGGAACAGUGUUAUGUAACACAAAAAGAAUCAAAACACCAAAGCGGAAGCUAGCCGGAAGCAUUUUUCCUAGAAUUGGCCAAAACAGCGAUGUUGAUGAACCUGCUCUAGAGUCGAGAAUGAAUUUUGCAAAUUUUGGGUUGCUUAUACAUGGAGUGUUUGUUAUCAAUCUUGCUUCAUCAACCAAGAGUCAAGUUUGCAAUAUCGCUGAUGCAAGUCGUGUCAACUGCGGAUGGCAUGGCAUAAAUGAAGCCACAUGCACGACAAGAAACGGGUGUUGCUUUAAGCGUUCAUCAGCAAGUGGAUUUCCUUGGUGCUUUUACAAUUCAAAUAUAUCUGCAAUUCUGAAGUCAGUAUCUGUCUGUGAGCAUGCAGGUCCAGCAAGUCUUGUUUGCAAUAACAAUCAAAGAGUGGAUGUCCAUGAUGCGUUUUACGGUCGAAAUAGAGAUGACGCGGCCUGUCACAAUUCCGGCACUGUAACCUGCUUUAACCCAAAUGCAACUGAGAUCGUCAGAAGCAUAUGCAAGAUAAAUUCUACAUGUACCGUGUCACCAAAAGGUAGUAUUUGGAACUUCGACUCGAGCUGCGAUAUGCUUAAUGCACAGCUGAAGAUUCACUUCUUUUGUGUCGCCAAAGGCCAAAUGUCUAGUACACAAAUCCACGCAAGUUCAACACCUCACCACGCAAGCCCCACCAAGAACCACCUAAGCACAAGCUUGUAUUCACCCACCUUGGUAAAACCUAGUGUUCGCCAGUCUUCUGAGGGAUCUACAAUGCAAACGGCAAAAACUACAGCAAGAAGUCUGGGUUCUGUUACCACUAAGACUGUUUUAGAAUCGUCGAUCAAUGCGUCAUCUUCUUUAGCAACAUCUUACUUCGCUACUAACUUCAUCACAAGCAUAUAUCGAGCUUUUUUCAGUCCUUCGAUUAUUUUGACAUCCAGAAUCGCGCCUAGCUCUUCCUAUUUGAUGGAAACAACCUCUUUGAAACCAAUGGAAUCAGGUUCAGGGAGCAUGUAUACGUCAUCGACAGAAGUUGAGCAAUCUACCAGUGAAGAAUUGUCUGUUUCUACAACAACAACACCAACAGACUGGGAAACUCCUACACAGAGUUGGGUGUUUGAGAUGCUGACAUCAAUCGCAGAGGUCCAGGGCUCUUCAUUCCCAACAGAUGCGCUACGAAUGUCAUCAACUUCAAGUCUGCCCUCAUCUUUGACUACAGUUACCGAUUACCCAACAUCAUACUCUUUUCCAGAAAUGUCUACGUUUUCAGUUGCAAGUAGAAAUUCAGCAAAGCAUCUUUCGUCACCAGAUUUCUACAUGUCAUCGGUCUUCGCAAGCUCUAGUAAAUUCAUCUACAUUUCCAGAUUGCGGGCACAUUCUAGUGCAGCAACAGCAACAUCAGCAGCAGUAGCACCCUCAACAAAUGCUAAUGCGGUGGUAGCCACGACAAGUCUUCAUGCAUCGCCUCACAGGUCUAGUAGCCCAACAGCCUCACAGUCUUCGAGAGUCGCUUUACUGAGUGUUAGAGCAACAGAAUCUCAGCCCUCUACCAAGCAAACUGCGACUAUUCCACAAAAGAAUUGGAUCGAGGGAUCUUUUUGUGUACGAAGAAUGAGUACACUAUGUGGUGGGUCGAGAGGAACGCAUACAUGUAUGUAUGUAUGUAUGUAUGUAUAUAUAUAUAUCUCCUGAAGAGUGAGUUACUCACGAAACAGGCUUGUAGAGAUAAACCAUGUAGUUUUACUUUCUUCAAUCUAUGAUAUAUCAUGCUCUACGUGCUAACGUAUUGAGCACUGUGCUACGGAAGUAUCAAAAGACAAAUUUCUAUAUAUAUAUAU